GACCAUCUGAGAAAGCCAAGGGCCCAGCAUCCUCUGGAUCAUUUUUGGGUUUUUGGGUCUUCAGUUCAUUGUUCACUAAACUUGUUGAGAGUGCCUGGGAUCCUGGCAGUUAAGAUGUUAAGAGCAGCCGAGAGGUCAGGAGCCGUGGAAGUGCUGUGGUCAGGCAGCCUGUUGUCUGGCCCCCUGCCAAGCCUGUUACACUGCUUUUUUUUUUUUAAACUCUGUUUUCCUGCCCAGUCAUUCCCACAUCUCCCACUCCCGUCGCCCUGGGCGCAGCCGGAGCCCCCCGUGGAGCUUGAGCAGUGAUGAUGUUCGCCGAGGACAAGACCUACAAGUUCAUCUACCACCAGCACAGCAGGUUCUGCCGUGUGGAUGUUCUGGAGAUCCUGCCUCACCUGCCCUGUCUCACGGCCAGUGACCAGGACCGACUGCGGGCCGCUUACAACCGCCUGGGCAACCGGGACACCCUCUGGGAUCUUUUCAACACCCUGCAGCGGCGGACCGGCUGGGUGAACUACUUCGUUGAGGCCCUGAGGGUCUGUGAGCUGGACGAUCUCGCUGACCUAGUGGAGCGCGAAUACCGGAGCCACCUGCCUCGGACCCUGAACCAUCCCAGAGCCACGCGGGAGGUGCCGGCACCUGCUACACCUGCUGCAGACCACGAUGGCAGCAAGCAGCAGCUGAGUUACCCACUGCCUGUCCAGGACACCCAGCAACCCAAGUCCCCAGGACAGAGCCCAGAGCAGGCACCUCAGAAACCCAGCUCUGAGCCCGUCCUGAGGACAUCCCCGGUGCCCCUGGAGCCCUCUUGCGACCGGGCAGCCAUCAACCCUCAGGUGACUACCAGGCCCCAAGACGUGAGACCAGACAGCAUCCUCACUGGAGGUACUGUCUCCAGUCCCAUGCCGCCCCAGGGACCUGUGUCUCCGUCCGUCUCCUUCCAGCCCCUGGCACGCUCCAGAGCAUCCCCUGGACCUGCCGUAUCAAUUUCCUCUACUGGUACCUCCUGCUCCUCUGGCCAGGAUGGGGGAGCCCAGGACGAGGCCACUGUGUGCCCCAGUGAUACAGUGCCUGCUGGCUCUGGAACCACCAUCCCGGCAUCCUCCAGGGUACCCAGCAACUUGAUGUCCGUGAGCACAGUGCCUUCGGGAGCACCCGCCAGCCCAGCACCUGCCAGCAUGGUGUCUUCCAAGUCGCCUGCCAACCCCAAGAUCCUUGCUGCCACACCCUCAGAUGUACUUCCCAGUCUGGCGCCAUCCCAGCUGCCCAUCGUCUCUCCCACAGAUGCUGCUUCCGUGUUGCCCAAAGUGCCUGCCUCCCCACUGCCCACCAGCAGGAGCAGCAACAGAGCCCAGGAGACCCCGAUGGCUCCAGCACCCAGAGAUGCCCCAGGAGAGAGCUUGCUCUCGGGGCCAGAGCUGAGCAAGCCCAAUGUGCUGCUCUCCCAACCUGACAGCCAGCCUUACUCGGGCUGCUCAGCAGACCUGGACAUCAGCCGGAGCAGCUCCCUGGCCCCUGGGGCCAGCCACGGCCCGGAGGAGAACGAGUAUGUGUCGGUGGGCACUUUUGGGGUCCAUGUGGUGGAGGAACCCAGUGCCAACCUCCUGACAGGCAAUCCCAGGCCCAGCGUCUCCCCGCACCUCCAAGAGAAGGAGGAGGAAGAUAAGGAGGAGAUACAGUGCAACUGGGUGGCUCCCUGGGCUCCGUGGUUUGGGGCUGCCAUAGCCACUGCACUCGUGGCCACCGUCCUGGCCAUGCUCUACCGGCGGCGCGCACUUCAGUGACACCCCUGGGACUGCCUGCUGUGCACCUGCUCAGUUCUCUUGGAUGCUCCCUGCCCUCUGGCCCUUCCUCAGGGUUGCAGGGCUGGGUCCCUGAGAGCUGGACUCUACACUGGGCCUGCUAGGAGAGCCAAGAUUGUACCCUCUGCAGGUCCCUCUCUGUCCUCAGCUUCCUGCACCGCACCGUGCCCACCUGUGCCUGUCUACUUGUAGUCCAGGUUGUCACUUCCUGUGCCAGGCUCAUGUUUGCCCAAGUCUGCACAUCACAAGGUGCAAGACUCACCCUAUCCUCGUGCCGCCAGGCUGGAGGGCAGGUGUGCUUGCGGGAGACCUCGUCCUGGCUCCCUGCCCUGACAGUACAGCCCCUAGACAGCCCCCAGACACCCUCACCCACCUCUUCACCCCCACCCAGGUCUCAGGGUUGAGGUGCAGGUCACCUGGCAAGCAUAGGUCAGCCCAAGGUCCUGCUUCAGCACACCCCUUCCUAGGCUGGGAGGAAGUCACGGUGGUCUGACCACGGUCUCAGGUGCACAGCAGGUGGCUGAGAUGGAGCAGAUGGGCGAUGGCCCAGAGUGGAUGACCCCUGAAUACUUCCCUGCUCUGCUGUCCAGGCGUGAGGGACAGAGUGCACAGUGGGCUGACAGUUGUUUUGCAGCCCCCACUUCCCGGCCCUCCCGGGCUUUGGGCAAGCUCUUACCAUGUAGAUGCCUCAUGGUCUCGUCUGGGAGAGGGAUUGAGUGUGGAUGUGUAUGUGGCCUCCUGGCACCUGGUGAGCAUGGAAUGUGUUCAUCUGUGCCGAUUGUGCAGUGGUUCCUAGUGUUUUCUGAGAGCUGGGCACAGCUGUGACCUCCACUUGCUGUGGGAGGACCUGUGCCUUUGGUUCACCUUGGGGACAGAGCCGGGCUCUUAGCUUGGCCUCCCUCCUUCUCCUUGUUUGCCCCUUCUUCAGCCUGUGCAAGAGGGUGAGUCCACCAGGCCAGCCAUGCGUGAUGAGGGCUGGGGCCUCCUCCCCCACGGCCACGUGGGUCCCGUGGCCCUGACCCCAGGCCAGCCAGCCUGCUGGUGGGAAGACUGGCUGUGUUCAUACUAGAAACACAUCAGGGGUAUCUCAGGACUCUGUCGACGUGGCUGUUGCUGGACAAGGCACAGGCAUGGGAGCCACCUCCGUGCCAGCCUGCAGCUCUGGUACGCUGGCUUGGCUGCCAGGGUCGCUCUGCAUGGUCCCAGGGACAUCAAUAGCCUUGACUCUGACCUUCACUUUACCUUGAACUUUGGUCCUCACCGUCCAAACUGUGAACCUGGGGAAGACCCCUUCUCACAUUGCCUGCACCCCUGCCCAUCCACCAAGCCUGCUCACUCAGCUUUGCCCACUCCCAACCCCUCUCGGGGGCCUGCACGAGUCAGCUCUCAGGAGUCUUCCAUAGGAUGUGGCCUUCAGCUGUGUGCUGGAGGCCAAGGCAGGGUCAGUAGCUGCCACUCCUGGGAGCUCCCUGGCUACUGUGCUUGGGGCAGUGUACCUCUCCUUGAGGGAGGUGGGACCAGCAUCUUCCUUAGCACUUGGGGCUAGACCCAUUUGCAAACUCGCAUCUAAGCCUCAAUGUGCCUUGUUUCUCUAAUGGGAGCAUUUGCCCCCGUCCUGAGCUAUCCCCACUUCUGUCAGGGCUCCGCUUGUGGCCCAUCAAGGCUGGGUGGGCAGUGCCACUUCUCAGAGUGAGCUGAGUGGCAGCAGCUGCCUUUGGAUGACGCAGCUAACUGUGGCCUAUUUGUGGAGGCCACGUGCCGGCUUCAGUAACCAUGUUUGCGGCUGGCUAGUCCGUCCCUGGGGGCUGUGGAGCUGUGUUGGAACUGACACCCACAGAGGGCCCCAGACAUUGGGAGAACUUUGUGUCGAGGGCCUUACGUUUUCUGCACCAGCACUGGGUGUCAGGGAGGCAUCUGUCACUUGGUUCCUCAGCCUCUGAGUGCAAGCAGUGUAGGACUUGGGCUCAGGGGCAAGGUCCGCAGGGGGCUCCUUGAAGGGGCCUAGCUGUUGCUGUUUCCCUUGUAUUACAGGCUUCCAAGACCCUGUCAUGAGCCCUCAGCAGGCACAGGCGGAAGUGCCCAGGCCAGGCAACAGUCAAACUCCAUAGCAUGUCUCCUCUGGUCCCUUAGGAGUGGAGGCCUUGAGGUCUCACCCAUGGUGGGCAUGCUGUCGGGAAGGUGAUGGCUAAGAAUCCUCCUCCGUCUCCAGGGGCAGGAAGUCUAGGGCGUGAGACCUAGUGUGCCUGUGCUGGAACUGACGGCCUGUCUGCCCACCUGGCUGCACGUUCCCUACUGAAGUCCAUGCCUGGCGCUGGACAGGACCAUCCUGAGCCUGUUGCCACCAGCAGCAGCCACCUUCCAAAUGCCAACUCCUGCAGUUCCUGCUGUGAGCUGGUUGGGAAGGCUGGGAGGGGGUGAGUGCUGGGGGUAGGGGCGCAGCAGAGGAGAGCCUGGGGCCGGGGGUUUGCAUCGUGCACGGAUCUUGUCUGCUCGCUUUAAGUGUGAUUUUUCACAUCAGCGCAUCCUCACCCAGGAUGCCAAGGAUCACCACCUGUUUUAACAGAGUGAUACACUAGCACAGAAUGAAUCAAUAGCAUCUCAGGGAUGUGACAACAAUGUGAUUGUAGUCAUUGAGUGUGUGCCCACGCUCAGUGGGCUGCGACAGGGCAGCCAGCUGGGUGGAGCAGACACUGGUGGGGACAGGUGUCCCAUGCGCCAGGCCCCAGACCCAACAGAAGGACGACCCAGAGAGUGCCUGCGGGUGACUGGGGACCUUGGUGGUAUGUGGCACAGACCUCUGGGCUCUGUCCCAGGUGGCUAUCUUGUGUGCAGUGUGAACACUGGCAUGGGCCUGGAGAGCCUGAAGAGUAUGAAGGGACUCUGCGAAUUCAUGGAAAAUGAAAUUAGAAGGGAAGUUGAUUUUGCUGGAAAAAAAAAAAUUGAAAUCCCUGCGUGUGUGUGUUGUAGGGGCGAGUUUUUCAAAAAGUCCAUGAAAAACAUGUGUUAUUAAAGAAAUGCAUGGGUUUCAAGUUUUUUGCACUAGAAUGGACGUAUACCUAGAAUUCCAUUUUCCUAAGCACUGUGGAGUCCCCGCUGUCUGCUGUACACUGAGAGUGGCCUCGUCUUUCUGGAGCACGGGGUGGAGGACUUGAGUCACAUGUUCCUAUCAGCUGCGCACUAUUAAUUGUUAUGAUAUUGACUGUAAUAAUCCGAUCCAGGCAAGAAGUAUCACUUGGAACUCUGACAAAAUCAAAUGUUGGCAAAACUAGGCAGCAAGUGAAACUUGUAACUCCAGAAGGAAUCUGUGGUAGUUGGUACUGUCGCCUGACUCUCUGUGUCCCACUGGAACCCAUAUGCAGACACCGAACGUGGUGGUGUCGUUGUGCGGCUAUGCAGAGGUGGUCGGGGCAUGGCAUUGGGGGCCCCCAUGAAUGGGAGGGGCCGCUUCCACUGGGUGAGGGUGCAGGCUGUGUUUGCGCAGGGUGAGCUCCCACUGGACACCAAGUCCACUGGCACCUUGACCUUGGUUUGCCCGGUCUCAAAACUGUGAGAAAUAAAUCCCAUUUGUCUGUG